AUGUUUGUGAAGAGGGAGCAGGCCUCUGAGAUGGUGAGACAGAAGAGAGCUGCUGGAGAUUUAUCCCUGACCCAGCUGGAGAGCCUGAGAGAAGUGUGUGAGGCCAACCUGGCUUGUGAGCACAUGAUGGACACAUCUGGAAUCAUCGCCGCCUACACCGCCUACUACGGACCAAUCCCCUACUAA